CGAACGCGUUUUUGCUUCUUCAGCGGCUACGCUCCCGAAACCCUAACCCUUGGGUUUUCCAUCUCAUAUCUCAAGGGCUGCUCUCUGCAAUUCGAUUGGAAGCGAUUUUCAUCGGAAUACGCUUGGAUACCAUCAUAUAAUUCCACUCAAGCCCUAGAUUUCGAUCCCGUCGAUCGUUUAUUGCUAGGGUUUGUAUUUUCUCUUUUCCCGGUGAAAUUUGGCUGGAAUUUCUACCGAUUUGGAGUUUGAUUUCAGCGGGGUUAUUGUUUGAUUGACAUUAGGGCGUCGAAACUCCCAGGAUUUGAUCAGCUGAAUCAGCGGAGAUCAUGUCUCGCUGCUUUCCGUAUCCCCCGCCCGGGUAUGAGAAGAAGGUCGUCGACGUGGGCCUAGUUGAAUCGAUUAAGAAGCAGCAGUAAUGGAUGAGAGAAGAAACAGUAAUGGAUGAUAUACAUAUUCGAAGAUGGUGUAUGAGUUUUCUCCAGAAAGAAAGGGAGGAGGCCAAGAAAGAGAGGAAAGAGAAGAAGAGGGAGAAGAAAGAGAAGAAGCACAAAUCCAGGGAGGAUGGGAAAACAGACGAGAAGAAGAAACACGGCAGUGAGAAGAGGCACAAGAAUGAGAGUGGCCUGGUGAAUCGAAAGGGAGAGGGAGAAUACAAAGAGAGAAGAGAUGAGGAAACUGAACAGCUGGAGAGGAGCAGCAUCUCUGAAGAGCAUGGGCAGCCUUCCAGCACUCAGAGUUUCUACGUUUCUUCAGACAGCAUACGUGGCAGCAGCAAGAGGAAGAAGCCCGACGCGCCUACUGACUCCUGCUGCAACCAACUCGGAAGUGUGCUCCGCAUCCGGCUACCACUUUCUAAGCACAAGGAUCCAGAACUCCCCAUCAAAGAACCCGAGGCCUGUACUUCGGGCCGAGCGGAGAUCCCUGCAAAAGAGCCACAUACUUUGGGUCGAGCGGAGAUCCCUGCAAAAGAGCGGCAUACUUUAGGCCGAGCGGAGAUCCCUGCAAAAGAGCUGCAUACUGCAGGCCGAGUGCAGAUCCCUGCAAAAGAGCGGCAUACUUCGGGCCGAGUGCAGAUCCCUGCAAAAGAGCCACAUACUUUGGGUCGAGCGGAGAUCCCUGCAAAAGAGCGGCAUACUUUAGGCCGAGCGGAGAUCCCUGCAAAAGAGCUGCAUACUACAGGCCGAGUGCAGAUCCCUGCAAAAGAGCGGCAUACUUCAGGCCGAGCGCAGAUCCCUGCAAAAGAGCGGCAUACUUCAGGCCGAGCGGAGAUCUCUUCCAAAGAGCUGCAUAGUACGGGCCUAGUGCAGAUCCCUGCAAAGGAACUGCAUACUCCAGGCCGAGUGCAGAUCCCUGCAAAAGAGCCACAUACUUCUGGCCGAGCACAGAUCGCUGCAAAAGAGCUGAAUACUUCUGGCCGAGCACAGAUCCCUGUAAAAGAGCCGCCUAAAACUGCUCACGAAUAUAUCAAUGCAGGAGAUUUAAUGGAGAGCUGGAACCCGAUUCCACUGCACAUACAACACCCAGAAUUCGAUAACCUGGAAUGGCUCUUUGAGAGGAGAGAGCAAUGCAGUGAGCCUGACGCUAAAAGGCCGAAAGCCAGUGGCAGCUCGAGCCAUGUGAGCGGUGCUGGUCUGGGUCCACGAGCGUGUUAUUUGCCUGCAGCGGACGUGUAUGCAUUGCCCUAUGUGCUUCCGUUCUAGACACCUGUCGUAGUCAUCCAUGUGGUGUGUAUUGAAGAAUCUACAGCAUGAGAGGUGAAGGUGGAAACAGCAGGGAAUUUUUUUUUCUCUCCCAUCCUGCUUUCUGAAAGCGGGUUGCUGGCGGUGGUGGUUUUACGGGUUCUCAUGCUUGGUGCUUGGCUUGAUGAAUUUGGAGAUGACACGAUGUACAUACAAAAAGCUCAUUCCAUUCGUCACUGAUGUGUGAUAAUUCAAAAGCAGGUGUAGUAGUUUGAUUCCAUAAUGUAUCUGUUGUUUGA